UCACUUCACGACAGUGUCGCAAAUAGUGCUGUACUCAUUUGUAGCUAGGUACUCCAUGGAAACGAGCUCGCGGCCGGAGUUUUGUUUACACUCAUGGGGAGCCAACAGCUACGGGCAGCUGGGACUGGGGCAUGUGGAGGACGAGUCAGAUCCCCGGCUCUCCGACAUCGCUGCUCUACAAAACAAGGCAGUGCGAGCUCUCAACGGCGGCGGGGGUCACUCCGUGGUUAACACCGAGAAUGGAGAGGUUUUUGUGUGCGGACAGAAUCACAGAGGCCAGCUGGGACUUGGCCACAAUGAAGACAUCUCAAUUCUUCAACUCUGCCCCAGUCUAAGUCAGAGGGUCACAAACGUAGCCUGUGGUUGGGAUUUUACUCUUUUUCUCACUGAUUGUGGUCGAGUACUGGCGUGUGGCUCCAAUGCAUUUGGACAACUUGGUGUUAGACAGAGAGUCACACACUCUGCAAAUCCACUGGUGAUUGAGAGUCUGAAGGAGCCAAUGGUGAGUGUAGCAGCAGGACUCAGACAUUCACUAGCUGUUGCUGACUCAGGCUGUGUUUAUCAGUGGGGAAGGGGUCUUUUCAGUCACGCUAAGAGAGUUCUCAGUCCACGCCCUGUCCCAUCACACCUGAGCUCUACAGUGCCCUCUCUGGUACCAGGUCUGGAUCAGAAGACCUCUCACAUGGUGACUGCUGGCUUAGCGCACUGUGUGUGCCUUACAGGAGACGGUGAUUUGUUCCUGUGGGGAAGCAACAAGCAUGGCCAGCUGACCACCACAGAGCCCUUCCUGUCGUCCCCCACCAUUGUGAAGCGCUCACUGCUGGGUGGAGAGAAAGUUAUCCAUGUGUGGAGCGGCUGGACGCACAUUAUUGCUCAAACAGAGACUGGGAGAGUGUUGACAUGGGGCAGAGGAGAUUAUGGACAGCUGGGCCGACAAGCAUCGACCAGUCAGAACCCAGAUCGGCAGUCAGCUGGGCCUUCAGCAGAAGGUGGAAACCAGAUGGCUUGCCUCCCUGAAGAGGUCAAAGUCCUCUGUGGAGCGACACAGCCAGCAGGGGGCAGCAGACAGCCAUAAAUAAAACAAGUAGCCUGAGGGUUUUGUAUGAUGCGAAACACAUUGCUGCUGAAUGAGAGCCAGGACCACUAAGGGUAGGUUCAUAAUGAUUUGCAUCACUAUAUCUAGCUUUUAGAUGCACACACACACUCCCAGAGGACCACUUACCGUCAGGAAAGGCGGCGGUCUCAUCUCCCACAAGGGCAAUUAUGUGUGAGCGUCACGGGACUGCAGCAGUUAACCUGUAGUCUAAAUGGCAGCUGUGUGGUAGGAGAUCGUUGACGAUAAAGUGUAUGUCAGGGACAGGCAGAGGCAAGCUCUGGAUCAUUCUUCCACUGUGCACAUAUUUGCAGCGCUCGCGUAUGUCAAGGCUUUGUCACCUUGUGUGUGUGUGUGUGUGUGUAAAGCUAAAGGCAAGAUGGAUCAGCUGAGUGAGCAAUGAAUCUCAAGGCUCACCCUACCAUGUUAGUCCUCCUAACACUGUUCAGACACAACCACAGAGUCAAUAUUAAGUAAAAUGUCACAUUUUUUGAGGUCUUAAAAAUAUUACUGCAGUAACAAAUGUCAGGGGUUCAGGAAUCAGUGGGUGUUUUUAUAUUCAUGGCUUGCCACAGCUGUAUGCUUUAUCAAAAACAUUGCUUUAUCAAAGCAGUUCAAACUGUAUUAGCAAGGAUAUGAAUACAGUUCAAUGACUUUUAUUGCUGGUAAUAAAGCUUUAACAAACUAAACUGGUAUCUAGAGAGCUCUGCCUCAUGUUUUUACUCAUAUUGAGCUUUGUGGAUUUCAGGAUCAGAAUUAAAAAUGGUCCCCUCAAUUCCUGUAGCAGUUAAGAAGGGGAAAGACUGCAAAAACAAGGCCAUUAAACUGUAAAAGGUUUUGGUCAGCAAAAGCAGGAGAACACAGUUGUCUGAGACAGUUGCAUUAACUCCUCCAGGCAGCCCAGCAUGUUUUAGCUUUUAUGAAAGAGUUGGAUUUUCUGUUACAGUUUUCUGCUCAGCUUUCUGGUGAUGCACUGUGGAGUGAUGGGUUUUAGAUUGGAGCAUGUAAUGUGUUCACAGACAACAUCACUAAUGUUCUUUUUGCGUUUGAUGCACUCCUGCUGUAUGCAGUUUUUAAUAAAUGUUGGAUGACUUCAUCUUGACACAUGGAAUUUUUAUUUCAUUUUCAGAGCAAGUUUGGUUACAAAGUAUCUCAGCAUCUAUGUCGGGAAAACAAUUCUUGGAUAUUAC